AUGGAAUACAAAUACGAACAUCAUCACCCGAUUGAUAAUGACGGCAAUAUACGUUGUUGCUGUGGCCAGCCCGAGUGCGCAUUCCUGCGCGAAAACCAGUUGGCGCUGGAGGCUGUUGAGAAGAACCUCGAGACGGCUGCGCGAUUGGGACAGGCCCUCCUCCAUCGCCAUGAGUCCUACAUCGCCGAGGCAGAAGAGGACCGUCGCCGGUUACUCGACAACAUCGAUGCCCUCGAGCGCGAGCGUCGACAAGUCCAGUCUGAGAACUCGCGCAUCAUCCAGGAGAACAGGAGUCUGGUCGAACAGCUCGAUGCACUGAAUAACACUGUCGCUGACUCCGACGCGCAUGUUAACUCGUUGACGAUUGCGUUGGAGAAUACCGAGGCCGAGCUGCGCACUGUUAGCGCUAGCGCGGCGCGGGCGGCAGAGCUGGAGGCUCAGCUCAAUCGCAUGGAAGCCGAACAGUCGCGGUUACAGGAGAGUUUGGUGUCUGCGCGUGAGGAUGAGAAGUCUGCUUCGCAGCGGUGGAAGAAGGCCGAUUCGACGCUGCGCGAGCUGCAAGAGCAGGUUGUGCGGUUGGAGAAGGAGGCGCGCGAGGAGCGAGAGAGCCAUGCAGAUCUUGUCCAGCGUAUGGAGCGGCAAAGGACCGUCGAGCGGGAGCUGGAUGGUGCGGCUGGACGGUUGAAGGGUGCUGCUACAGCGCAUCACCAGGUUGGUCGUCAACCUCAGCAGACCAGUGUCGUUUCGCGCUUCGUUAGGGAUAUCUUGCAGGACAAUGCGAAUUUGCAGAUCGGGAUUAUGGAGUUGCGAGAUAUGCUCGAGAGUUCGAAUCAGGAGGUGCAGAACCUGCGCGAUCAGGUCCUGUCGCAUCACCCGCUAAACCAUGACGAUGGAGAUGGAGAGGACCGCAGACCGUCGUCUGAAGCCCAGCCAGCACUAGGAAAGAGAUUGAGCCAGGAAUUGGACGGGACACCGACACGUGUAUCACCAGAGUACCACAUCCAUCACCACUACCACCCGCCGCCGUCGACACCAAAGAAGGAGAAGCCGAAGCUGGGCCGUCGAUUCACCAAGAAGCGACGUUCGCUGGGCAAUCCGGCCCUUAUGCAUUCAGCUCGUCAGCCGUCUGUUUCUUCCACCUCGACCAUCCUUUCUCAGACCUCUGUUUCUAUUCCUCCGUCAUCGCAUCGGUGGUCUGCACAUUCGUCUGCUACAGAGUCGCUGGCAAGCUCCCCGUAUUCAGGAUGCCAUAACCGUCCAACAUCCAUCUUUGACCGGAUGGAGCGAGGAUUCGAGUCAUCCCAGCCAACAAGUCCAGAGUUAUCUCCUAUGUUUAAGGGGGUAGCUCGACCGGGCAAGACUCUUGAACCCCCGUUCCGUGAGGACUCAUUCGGCCGCGCCAUCGAGGAUGAACUUGCGAAUCUGGACGCCCUUAACGACCACUGCACAACCGUUCCCGCCAUCCCAGAAGAGAGAGAAGACUAUACGCAAGAGAACAAUCAACGACCCGUGACGCCAGAUGGCUACCGCCGCCGUCGACGCGGUUCCCACGAUAGUCUGCUGUCUGUGGCAGGCAUGGACAUCCACACGCCCAGUCGUCGGCGUUCUCGCGCGGGCGGCCCGGGACCAAUACCCAUUGCCGGGAUCCAUCGUCACAACUUUCCGUCUGGCGCGGAAGUAUACUCGACGCCGCCGGUUAUUGCGACAACGACCGUCACGGCCGAUCGAGAGGCUCCGUCUAAGAACCCGCACUCCCCGCGCAGCUUGCUGGCAUCUGUCUGCCGAAGCCAGGCCCAGACCCAGACUCAGGAUACAAAUAGCGCACCGGCAGCGGACAACCCACCAUCGCGCAAACCAUCUAUCACCCGACGAGUCGGCGGUUGGGUUCGAGGCCGUUGGGGAACAGUGCCUGUCGCUGCGCCGCCUCAGCCAGGUGAACCUGCAUCCCAAACACAGCCACCAUCUCCUUCACCAGCCGUGAAUGCGCUCACAAGGAACCAGAACAAGGCUAAAGCGGAGUAUGUACCUGCGCCUGCCGCAGCGUUCCGGUUCCGGCAUCCUGGCGUGAACCAGAAGGGCCCGAUUAUGGGGUUCCGGCCGUCGUCUCAUCCGCCUAUCUCUGUGCAUGCGGAGGUGGUGGAUGAGGGAGCGUUAAGGGAGAGUUUGGCUGAGUAG